AUGGCUGUUCGCUGUUCCUAUCCUGCGCAAAACACUACGGAAGUGGAAAUCAGCGAACUGGAAAAGCGAUUCGUUGCAACCACGAAAGAUCUUUUCACUGAUAAUGGUGGAGAUGUAGAGCAUAAGCAUUUCAAGGAUGUCCGGAUAGUGAAUACAGACCGUGCUUUUGGUGUGAGGCUUAGUUAUCACAUAUCGAAACAGUUCGGUGAAGAUGGAUUUCCGAGUGAUCGCUCGAUUCGUAUCGACCUCAGUGGCCAUGCGGGGCAAAGCUUCGGCGCAUUUUUAGUUAAAGGAGUAGCGUUGUACCUGGAAGGCGAUGCUAAUGACUAUGUUGGCAAGGGCUUGUCUGGUGGCAAAAUAGUGAUUUAUCCAUCUCGUGAUGCAACCUUUCCGUCGGAAGAGAAUUCGGUCAUUGGCAAUGUUGCACUGUACGGUGCUUCUUCUGGUAAGUACUCCUGA